CUCAUUCCAUAGAAGGGAUCGGACCAAUUAGAAAUAUCGAGGAAAUAAAACUAUGAACCGCGAUAAUCAAGGGUUUCGGAUGUUUAACCCGAACCAAAAUGAAGAAAUGCGAAAGCGUGAUAUGUUUGGCAAAACUGAUGGGAAAGAUAUGAAAGAGCAUGAUAUAAAGGACUUGUACGGACCAAAAAUAACGGACGAAGACGGAGCUCUCCUGGACAAACAUGACAGUUUCUAUAUAACAACUAAGAGUUUACUUGUCCUGUUCCAAAUUAUGGGUGUUAUGCCCAUAAUGCGGGUGCCAAAAGAUACCAAAACAACUAAAAGGACUACUUACAAUUGGAUAUCAAAAGCUACGUUAUGGGCAUACAUUAUUUGGAGUUUGGAAAGCAUUAUUGUUCUAAAAGUGGGUCGGGAACGUCUUUCGACGUUCCAGCAGAGUUCCAACAAGCGUUUCGACGAGGUCAUCUACAACAUCAUAUUUCUGAGCAUCCUCAUACCCCACUUCCUUUUGCCCAUCGCAUCCUGGAGGCACGGGCCGCAAGUCGCUAUCUUUAAAAACAUGUGGACACAUUAUCAGCUGAAAUAUCUGAAAAUCACCGGUACGCCAAUAGUGUUUCCCAACUUAUACUCGUUGACAUGGGGCCUAUGUUUCUUCUCAUGGGGCCUCAGUAUUGCGGUGAUCCUGUCGCAACAUUACCUGCAAGACGACUUCGAACUAUGGCAUUCGUUCGCGUACUACCACAUCAUAGCCAUGCUGGACGGAUUUUGUUCUUUAUGGUACAUAAACUGCAAUGCGUUCGGAACAGCAUCUCGAGGUCUGGCGAUGAAUCUCCACAAAGCUUUGGAGGCGGAACACCCGGCACUCAAGCUAGCCCAGUACAGACACUUAUGGGUUGACCUGUCACACAUGAUGCAGCAACUCGGGCGAGCAUACUCGAACAUGUACGGGAUAUACUGCAUGGUGAUAUUCUUCACGACCACAAUAUCACUGUACGGCGUGCUCUCGGAGAUAUUAGAACACGGCCUGAGCUACAAGGAGAUGGGGCUAUUUGUCAUAGUGGGCUACUGCAUGACUCUGCUCUUUAUUAUCUGUAACGAGGCUUAUCACGCCUCGAGGAAGGUGGGUCUAGAAUUCCAGGUUCGUCUUCUGAAUGUGAACCUCGGGUCCAUCGACCGCAGCACUCAGCGAGAAGUGGAGAUGUUUUUAGUGGCCAUCGCGAAGAACCCUCCCAUCAUGAACCUGGACGGCUUCACCAACAUCAACCGGGAAUUGUUCACCGCUAACAUAUCGUUCAUGUCUACGUACCUGAUCGUGCUGAUGCAGUUCAAGCUGACGUUACUGCGACAAAGCGCCCGGAAGGCUCUGCGGACCAUCGUGUCUGCUGUGUUCAACACCACCGCCAUGAUGGGUGACGAUGAUGAUGAUGAUGAUGAGGAGUAAUUAUAUAAAGAAUAAAAAAGAUACAUGUAAUAUAGUAAAGUAACGACAGCUAGCUCUAACGUAUUUUGUUGCAUGUUAUACCCAGACUGACCAAUGAAGGAAGCUAGCGGCUAUACUUGUCUCUUUUCACUGUUAAUAAAAUGUAGAAUCACAUUUUUGACGUUCUUCGGCUCAGUGAAAUGAGGGAAAAUCGGGUAGGCUCUUUGGAACAUUAUAUUUCUGUAUUAAUAAAUGUCUUGUUAGACGACGAUGGUGAUGAAGAGACGAUAUUGUAUUGAUAAAUAGUAAGUAAUAAAUAACUCUUCUUAAGAGUGGGUCAACGUUCUGCGCAGAACAUAAAGUACGACAUUUUGUCUCAACGACGUCGGCCUUAGUCGUUCACUCUUAACAGUGAGUCGUGAUUAUGGGUCAGUCAUUUCAGGCUUGGCUACUGCUCUUGCGAUGGUUCUCCAUUUAUUCCGGUCUACAACUUUUCUUGAACAUUCAAUUACUGGACAUUCUGUAACACUUUUGAUGAGAUCGAGCCGAGAAGUUAAAUAGCUAUAGUAUGUAAAAAUGAUAUCCAUUUUAUUUAAAGCUUUCUUAACGUUCUUAACAAAGCAUUCUCUGAUACUUUGUUAUCAAAGAAAACCUUUCAAGGAUCACUAAAACAAUAUAUUAUUUACAGUUGUAAAACAAAAUCUUGUCCCAAAUAAGUUUCUAGUCACACAAGAUAAAAUAUGGAACACGAUAUGUCUGUAGCUUACAGUGUUAACAUAAUAAGCAGCAAAUAUCCCAAAAUUUCCAUAUUUUAAAAAUCCUAGCGCAACAGUGGAGAAACUUUGUAACUUCGCGUCAGAAGUUGGUUUCAGUUCAAGCAACUGUAGAAACAAUUCGGCAAGUACUUCUGUGAAUUAAGUUACCUACAGUGUUGCAUUGUUUGGAUUACCUUUCAAGAUAAACUAGUCGUAAAGACUAGCGUAUAGAUUGACACUAAAGAUGAAAACUCGAUGUUACUAAAUUCGUGGUAACAUUUUCUUACUGGUACAGUAAUUUUGUUGUAUUCUUACAGGUAACAUUUUGUUACAAAAACCGGCUUUAUACAUAAACGUAAGUGAUUAGAUGUAACGUCAAUAAAACUGACUUUUUAUCUAGGUAUUAGUAAUACGAAAAAAUGUUAAAUAUUUGGAUGCAAUUAGUGUUUUAUUUUUGGGAUCCAGACAUAUUAAUAAUUAUUUCAUAAUAUAACUUUUCGUACAAGUUACACGAUAGCAAGUGAAUAAUUUAUAUACUUUUUAGUCGAAACUACAGUUGUCACCCACAACCAAGGGUAAAAAGACUUCAGUACUUUCAAACAACGAACACUGAAUUCAAGUUCAAGCAAACAGCCUUGAGAGUAGCUUUGGCGAAAGUCCAACAUUGAAACAAUAACCAGCCCAUUUAUGUAUGUCAUUAACAAGGACAGACCUUGAGAAGGGCAACGUGGUUGGAUGAACUCGAAGGGAUAGUAAUCAACAUGUGAAAGUAAUUUGGAGACUUUGCCAAUAGUUUUUAUUGUAUUGUUUCGUUUGUCUGGUGUAGACCAGCUUCUUCCACGCUAUUUUGAAGCUCCAAAUUGUUAGUUUUGAAAGGACACGAGGUAUAUAAUAGUAAAUAAAUAUAUGUACCCACGUAAUUGGUUUGUAUUAAUGUUUUACAAAAUUAUGAGAUUAACGAAAAUGAAAUAUCUAGUAGUCGAAAUAAUCUAAAGAAAGGUAGAAAAAGUAUUUAAUUUUUUUCAUUUACAAAAAAUAUUUCAAGAUUAAAUAUGUUCCAUAAUUAGUUUACUAAUAUUUAAUUAGUUUUUAAAUUAAAGGAGUUCAAUGUCUACAAAUUAUAAUAGCAUGCAAAUUGAAUAUCGAUUUAUCUAUCAGAAUUAAUUAGCUGCUCUGAUUACAUUAUUCAUGCUAGAGGUAGGUGCUCAUGCUAACGAGUUUUCUUCGAUCAAAUAAGGCUGGGACACAUUUAGUGAAUGUAGCCUUAUUAAUUACUAACCUUAUGAAUUAUUAAUAAUAUUUCUAUUUUUAAAAUUAAAAACAAAUAAAAUUGACCAGUUUUCAGCGAAAGAAAAUCCUAUAAUUCAUGUGUUACUAAUCCAUAGAAUAAAAGUAGUCGUAUCGUAACCCUUAGACAACUCAGAAGUUUGGCUGGCAUGGUCUCGAUAGCUCAGCGGUCAAGAGCACUGUCCUGGAUAGACGGCCUGGGUUCAAUUUCCACUAGAUCCCAGAACCUAUUCAGGUAAUUUUUAUUGUCAAAACGGCAAAUUUGUGUGUGAUAUUAAGGAACGCUCUUGACGACAGACUUUUUAGAUUAGUUAACUCAACUUGGGGCCCUAUUGUUUUUUUCAAAUUUUGAAAGAGUAUGGACUUCGCAGAAAAGUGGAUUUCUAAGCAAAGAAGACUUCAUCAAUCUAAUAAUAAAGACACUAUUACUUGAUGAUUGUCUUAAUAUUCACAUAAUAAAUUAUUAUGUGAAUGUGCAUGGUGCUUUAAAUUCUAAAAUAUUUCAAAGUAAAUUCACUUGUUCGAGCGGUAAGCCCCAAAAGUGAAUCAAAAACUUAACAGAAGACUUACUUGUUACCGCUUUAGUUGGUACAUAGUAAAACUUUCAUCACUAGUAGAGUUUAGCUUAUAUUCAAUACUAAUAAUCGAGCACCCGCGUUAUGGAAAAUGAAUCUUAACUAUUUUGAGUUAAAAUUGGGAAUAAUAAGAAAAAUAUUGAACGAAACUUGGUCAUUCAGUUACUAAUACCCGAUUCUCACGCAAUCAAAGUCCAUUUCAGCAAUAUUCUCAAGAAAAAAAGUGAAAAUGAAAUUUCAAAACCAUUCCGUUUUGAAACGCAUUCUGC